CAGGAAUUCAGGGGGAACUUCCUUCAGCAGAGGAGAUUUUCUUCUGUGACGGUCUCUAGCCCCCCUCGCCCGUGCCUGAUUUCCAUAUUCCGUGCUGAUCGCCUCCCCCAGAAGUCGAGGAGCAGGGGGGCUGCGGAGCGGUGCGCCGUUACUCGACCUGCGUGGUGCUGGGCUUGAAUCGAGCCCGGUUGUGUCACUGCCGAAACGAAGCGCCGCUCCUUUAGCGCUAGCGAGCGAAUGUCAGCCCGAGAAACAGAUCUUGCAUCCCCUGAGUCAUCAGGAAAGCUCUUAGCGCAGAGCCUUGCCCCUGGAAGAAAGCGUGAUUUCUCCCCAGUGCUUUGGAGCCAGUACUUUGAGUCUAUGGAGGACGUUGUGGUAGAAAAUGAAACUGGCAAGGAUACUUUUCGAAUUUACAAAAGUGGAUCGGAGGGACCUGUCUUACUGCUCCUACACGGCGGAGGCCAUUCUGCUCUUUCCUGGGCUGUAUUUACCUCUGCAAUCAUUAGCAGGAUUCAGUGUAGGAUUGUGGCUUUAGAUCUCCGGGGCCAUGGAGAAACAAAAGUUAGGAAUCCUGAAGAUCUGUCUGCAGAGACGAUGUCAAAAGACGUUGGAAACGUGGUCGAAGCUCUGUACGGGGACCUCCCUCCCCCCAUCAUGCUUAUUGGGCACAGCAUGGGUGGCGCCAUUGCGGUGCACACGGCGGUCGCAAACUUGGUGCCAAGUUUACUGGGUCUGUGCAUGAUAGACGUUGUGGAAGGUACGGCCAUGGAUGCACUGAACAGCAUGCAGAACUUCUUACGGAGCCGUCCCAAAACAUUCAAGUCGCUCGAGAACGCAAUUGAGUGGAGCGUUAAAAGCGGACAAAUAAGAAAUCUCGAAUCUGCUAGAGUUUCUAUGGUCGGUCAAGUCAAACAGUGCGAGGGAGCUGCUAGUCCUGAAUGUCCUAAAGCCAUAGUGGAGGGCAUUAUUGAAGAAGAGGAGGAGGAGGAAGAGGAUGAUGAAGGGGGUGGCUCUGUCAACAAAAGGAAGAAGGAAGAUGACACAGAGACAAAGAAGGAGCACUUAUACACGUGGCGAAUUGAACUGGCGAAAACAGAGAAGUACUGGGAUGGCUGGUUCAGGGGGUUAUCUAACCUCUUCCUAAGCUGUCCAACUCCAAAGCUUUUGCUUUUAGCUGGUGUUGACAGGCUGGAUAAAGAUCUAACAAUUGGACAGAUGCAAGGGAAGUUUCAGAUGCAAGUCCUUCCACAGUGCGGCCAUGCAGUCCAUGAAGAUGCUCCAGACAAGGUUGCUGAAGCUGUUGCGACGUUCCUGAUCCGUCACAGGUUUACAGAGCCCAUCGGUGGAUUCCAGUGUGUGUUUCCUGCUUGUUAAUACCCUGGUGUUCUCCAGCGCGGAGUCAUGUUGUAAAUAAACUGCACCAGAGGCCAC